ACAAUAUGGCAGAAGAUUUUGAAUGUAUGCCUACUUCUCCCUCAGAAUCCAUCGAUUUGGAGAAGUUUCGAAAGCUCGUUCGAAGUUAUAUAGAAAGGCACCACUACAAGGCAGCAGUGUUCUGGGCAGACAAGGUAGUUAGCCUGAGUAAUGGAUCUCCCGCAGACGUGUACUGGUUAGCACAGAGCUACUACCUCACCAAGCAGUAUCAUCGAGCUAUUCUGCUAAUCAACAGUCACAAACUCACAAGGAAUGCCACCUGUCGAUACCUGGUGGCACUGUGCUACUAUGAAGUGGGGGAGUAUCACUCUGCAUUUGACAUCUUGGAUCGCAGUGAGAACAACAAUGUGUCUCGCAUCAAGGCAGAGGGGGAAGCCAUUGCUGUUCCAGAGAUUGACGACACAAUGUCGAUUGAAUGCUCAACACAUUUAUUGAAAGGCUACAUAUAUGAAGCUAGCGACAAUCGAGCAUUAGCUGUGGAGAGCUUCCGAGCAGCAGUACAGGCUGACCCACUCUGUUAUGAAGCAAUACAUGCACUUACACAGCAUCACAUGCUAACUGUGAAGGAAGAGAAAGACCUGCUGUCAUCCUUGCCCCUCUCUCGAACAUGCAGCGAAGCAGAAAGUGCCGUGGUCAUGGCAGUAUAUGAAACGAGAACCAAUAAAUAUAGCUCACCCAGUACACCAUUGCCACAGCCCGCUGCUCCACUGGCAACAAACGCUGACUUCAUUACAGCACAGGCUGAGAAGCUCUACUACAACUGCAACUUUGCACAGUGUCAUCGAUUAACACAAGAAGUACUGAAAAAAGACCCCUAUCAUACAGAGUGUCUGCCUAUUCAUGUUUCCUGCCUAGUGGAGCUAAAACAGUCAAACAGUCUGUUUCUUCUGGCUCACAAACUUGUUGACCUCUACCCAGAGAGUGCUUUGUCCUGGUUUGCUGUUGGAUGUUAUUAUUAUUUGAUAGGUAAGAAUGAACAAGCAAGAAGAUACCUGAGCAAAGCCACUGCCCUGGAUAGAGUCUUUGGCCCAGCCUGGAUUGCCUAUGGUCAUUCUUUUGCUGCAGAGAAUGAGCAUGACCAGGCCAUGGCUGCAUACUUCAAGGCUGCCCAACUCAUGAAGGGAUGCCACCUUCCUCUGCUCUACAUUGGUAUGGAGUAUGGACUCACGAAUAACCCGAGGUUUGCCGAGAAGUUCUUCAAAGAGGCACUGGACAUCGCACCCGAGGAUCCAUUUGUUUUGCAUGAAUUGGGGGUUGUGUCCUUUUGUAAUCAGGAUUACAUCUCUGCAGAUUUAUACCUCAGAAGAGCUGUGGCAUUAGUGGAAGAGAGUGGGGUCGUGGUGGUUCCUGAGAAGUGGGCAACGCUCUUAAACAACCUCGCACAUACCUGUAGGAAACUUCACAAGUAUGAAGAGGCAUUGCAUUUUCAUCAACAGGCUUUGAAAUUAUGUCCUGGAGUAUCCUCUACAUACUCGGCACUGGGUUUGGUGCAGUCUUUGCUUGGUGAUUAUGAGGCAGCAGUUGUGUCACUCCACAAGGCACUCUCUCUGCACCGUGAUGACACCACAGCCACCACUCUUCUUACCACUGUUAUGGAUCAGCUGAUGACACAGACCCCAGCAUUCCAAGGAGAUGACAACGUACCCCAGUUGGAUCCUCCCUCCGAUAUUGUGGGGACUGACACCAACGCAAGUGACAUAACCAGCGACAUUACACCAGCCUCAGCAGAUGAUCCUCUCAGCGACUCAAAUUUACUGGGCUCCAGUAUAGGUCAGCCCGUGAUGCAUUCUUCAGAUGUUGGGAGAGAUUCUCUAAGCCAGUCCUUAGGUCAGUCAACUGCACUUCUCAUCGAGGAUAUGGUUAUGGAUGAUCAGAGUCCGUAAAAAAAAGAAAAAAGAAAAAAAUAGAAAAAAGAUCUAAUGGACGUUAUUGGUGUUAUUUUUUAAGUACUUGUAUCCGCAACUAAUAUAUUGACAAUACAUAAUGAGUAAAGAUAUAUGUUUCACGAAUUUGAAAAUAAAGUGUCACUUUAGCUUA